AUGUUUUAGCCUGAUAUUGCAACACUUCAAUAAGUUGCUUAGCUCUUAUAGCAAGGCAAGUUAGCUGACAAUCAAUAGCAAAAAGAAGUAUAUCAAAAAAUAGAGGAAUAUUCUAAGUCCCCUGAAUUUUAUAAUUACUUAUCCUACAUUUUGGCUGCAUAAAACAACCAAAUUUAGCUUGAGAUUCGUCAUAUGGCUGGUGUUACAUUAAAGUCGUUAGUAGAGAGAAAUUUUGAGCAUAUUCCUGAACAAAAUAUCUAGUUCAUUAAGCAAAACUUGUUCUAGUCAUUUAACGAUUAAUAAAAAGCCAUUAGAAGCGCUAUAGGUACUUUGAUGACCACUAUAAUUUACAAGGGAGGAUUUUAAAAAUGGCCAGAAUUGAUUGAGUUUAUGAUCUAAAACUUAGAGUCCACAGACCAAGGUGCUAUUAUUAACAGUAUAGAUUGCAUUUCUAAAAUCGUAGAAGAUUUAAGAGUAAACUCUGAAAAUUAUGCAUUUUUAGAUUCUUCAAAGGGAGGAUCUUAGCUCAACGUUUUGAUUCCUAAACUUUUUUCCUUCUGUGAUCCAAAAUAUGGUACAGAAAUACAAUCAAACGCUAUCCACACAUUGAACUUAUGCGUUUAACCAAUGCCUGCUGCUUUGGCAGAAAAUUUAGAUCAAUAUUUAUAGAUCCUCCUAAGCAACGUAUAAAACAGUGAAAAGAGUAUCAGACAAAGAGCUUUCCAAGGAAUUACAGCAUUAACUGAAAUAAGAAGAGACGCAAUAAUGAAAAGAAUAAAUCAAGUCAUUCAAUCAAUCAUUAUUGGUAGUUAAGAUGCUGAAUAUGAUGUUGCUAAAAGUGCCUGCAACUUCUGGUUUGAAUAUCUUGGUAUGGAAUAAAGUCCAGAAGACAUAUAACAAAGUAUGAAAUGUGUUUAACCAUACUUAAAAGAUUUGCUUCCUGCUUUAUUGAAGGGUCUUUAAUACACUGACGAUGAUUUAAUGAAUAUUUUGCCUAGCACAUAAAACAUAAAUAAUAGACCUGAAAUUUCAGAAGUAGGUGACAUUGAUGAUUGUGAUUUUGAUGAAAAUGAGAAUUAAUAUGAUUUUGAAGGAAAUGAUAAUGAGAGAGAAACAAACGAUUAUGGUGAGUACACAUUGAGAAAAGUUUGUGGAAGAAUUAUAUAAAAAUUUUCAUAGCAAUUUAGAGAUGACGUUUUCCAAAUUUUAUAACCUUUAAUUGAGCAAUGCUUCUAGAGCAACGAUUGGAAAAUAAAAGAAGUUGGCAUAAUUUGUUUAGGCGAUAUUUCUGAAGGAAGCAUUAAUUCUGUUUAGGUACAUUUAGGAAAUAUAAUUCCUUCAUUGAUAUAGUUGUUCAAUGUUCCUGGAUAAAAUUAUCUCCUUCAAACCUCAAUUAUGUGGACCAUUUGUUAGUAUAGAAGCUGGUUGAUUGACAACUACAAUUAAUAUUUCGAUGUAAUCAAAAGCUAUUUGUAAUGCAUGGCUUUCGGAAUCACUCACUAAAUGCAACACUUGUAAGAGUGUUCUUGCCAGUGCUUAAAGGAUUUUGUAGAUAAUGGAUCUAUGAUUCUUAGACCAUACUUGCACGAUUUCAUUAAAGUUGUUACUGAAGCAAUUAAAGUUUAUUAAAACAGCAAUUUAAAUAUGCUUUUAGAUGCUGUGUGCACUAUUGUUAGUACCAUGUAAGAAGAAGUGAAUACUCCAGAAGUCCUCCAAACACUACUUCCACCUAUCCUUGAAAAAUGGGGAUAACUCAAAUCAACUGAUAUUGCUAUAAAAGGAUUUGCAGAAUGCUUCUCUCUUCUUGCUCAAGAAUUAGAAUCCAAUUUCUUAAUCUAUACCGAAUACAUUUAUCCUAAAUGCUUUGAAAUGUUACAAAAUUAUGUCAUAGCUUUAAACACAGAAAGUAAAGAUAGAAAACAUAUUAAUUAAAAGAAGUAAAUAUUCCUUAUGGGUACCGAUCUCAUGAGCAGCAUAGUCUAUUGCACAAAAUAAAACUUUGCUCUCCUUGCUCAACAUACAGAUUUAAACUCUAUAAUUAUUAAUACAAUAGAUUCUUAAGACAGUGAGGUUAGAUCUUUCAUAUUCACCUUGAUAAGUGAAAUUUCAAUCCAUUGUCCAAACUAUAUUGCAUAAAAAGUAGAGAUAUAUACUCAAAUGAUAUCUUAGCAUGUUAUUCUUUUCCCACAUUCCCUAGAUCCCGGUAAUUAUUACUUGAAUACUUGCAAUAAUGCUGUACUUUGUCUCAACUAAUUAUGCAUUAGUUAUCCUGAAAUAAUGAAACCUUAUGCUUACCAAAUAGCUUUAAAAAUAAUUAAAAUUUUAGAAGAAACCAAAAAAAUGGUUAUUGAUGUAGCCAGAAAUGUAUGUUGCUCUUUAUGCUCCAUAGCAUUACUUGAUUACUAAAACGUUAGUUAACAUCUUUCUAGUUUCGUCUAAAAAUUCUGUCUUAGUGUGAGAUAAUACAAUGGAUAAUAAAAGAGAAGAGCUUUUGAGGGUUUAUUCAAAAUGGCAUUCCACAAUCCUAAUGGUAUCAUUAAUUAUAUGAGCUACAUUGUUGAUUCUUUCAUAAGAUACUAAAACCCUCCAUAGGAGUUGAAAUUGUAAUUCAAGACUCUGUUGAUCGAAUAUAAAAAAACUCUUAACGAUGAACAGUGGUAAAACUUCCUUUUGAACAGUAAUUUCGACUAAAUAGUUAUCAAAAACUUAAUUUAGCAAUACCUUUCUUGA